ACAUAGUAGAAGCUUUUUUUGUCGGCGGCUACGACUAUUCGCUGUAACGUGCGAAUUGCAACAACAACGUUACCGACGGCCCGGCCAUAGCCGCAAGAUUUGACGGAGUGUGUGAACUUUAAUAUGCGGCUGCGACUCGGAGUGAACAGUCAGUCGUGAAGCUUGAAUUUUGAAGUCUGCUAAAACACUUUACAGUUAUCAUUAUGAUGUAAAUGUUAAGCGACCAGAUAUGUUUCUCCCAAGAUAGUGAUACCUAAAGUUGGCAUGGAAGGACUCCGCUCAUGCCCACACAAGGUGGGCAGUGCCACGCUGUGGUUUGGACGCCAGGUUCGCCAGUAUGUGACCGUGGAACCUGUCAUGUUGUUUUACAUGCUCGGCAGUUUCCUCCAGUACUCGGCUGUCAUACAACUGCUGUACCUCAAGCUCUGUGUGAUCAAGUUCAACGAUACUUCGGCGUGUCAGAGUCUCAGCAGUCACCCGGAUAUGGAGAAAUACACGCAGGACGCAGGGUCCAACUGGCUGAUCAUCCUCAACGCUUUCCUGACGGUGGCUUCGAUAGCCAGCACUCUGUUCUACGGCGCGUGGUCGGAUCGAGUCGGACGACGGGUCACAAUCAUCCUUCCAGCCGUCGGUUCUAUUAUUAACGGCAUCGUCUUGAUCCUUUGCGCAAGGUUCAUGCUAUCGUCACCUUGGUAUGUCGUUGUGGGGACUGCCUUGAUGGGGCUGUUUGGCAGCUUCCCCACCCUCACCACCGCCGUGUUCAGUUACAUGGGGGAUGUGACCAACUCCGACAACAGGACCAUGAGAUUCAGCAUUCUGGAAGCCAUGACCUUCUCCGGCAGCUUCAUCGGGCUCAUCACGGCCGGUGUGGUCAUCGAUAAUGCCGGCUAUAUCGCAGCCUUUGCUUACUACAUCGCCUGCAAUGUCGUGGUGGUUCUCUACACCAUAUUCUGGUUGCGGGAGUCGGUUCCCAGUUCGUCCCCUUCGAACGCUGCCACAGACAGUGACAUCAAGGUGCUCGUCGAUGACAUAGACAGUCAAGUCGAAACGGACCUGGGGACGCCGGAUGCCGCACCCAAGGGUUGUUGCCGGGAGCUGGUUCGGUUUGAGAACGUCAAAAGCAUCGUACGGAUUCUCAUUAAAAAGAGGCCACAUUACGGACGGCUGCAGAUAUUUCUACUGAUAUCAUGCCUGUUCACUCUUCAGCUAGUUGGAGAAGGAUUUACUGACACAAUCAUUCUGUAUCUCAAGAAGGAUCCGCUUGAAUUUGAUGCCUCAACAAUCGGAUUUUUCCAGGGUCUCAAGAACGGCCUGACAGCGUUGACCCUGAUCGUCGGAAUGCCGUUACUGAGAUUGACCAGACUCCACGACACGGUCAUUGCCUUCGUAGCGCUGCUGUUCCGCAGCGGGGCAUUCGUUAUGAUAGCCUUCGCUCGUCAACGUCUGACAGUAUUCCUGAUGCCGAUUCUCUACUGUCCCUCUGGCAUCCCUGCCGCCGUCACACGAGCCCUUCUCUCCAAAAAUGUGGGACUCAACGAACAAGGUGGGCUGUUCUCCCUGACUGGUGCCCUUGAAACCAUGACAACCUUGCUCUCCUCUGCAAUCUUCAACGCCCUGUACCCUGCCACCAAGAGCAUCAUUGGGGGAGGCUUUGUCUUCAUUGUCAUGGCAGUCCUACUCAUCAUACCCAUGCUGUUGAUGAUGUGGGUCCAUGAUCUUCAAAAGGGAAACACAGCCUACAACCUUGCAAGGCAACCAGCUAGCGAAGGUAACGAAUCCUCGAUUUAUGGAGACACCUAAACCACCUCAAUAACAUGAAUCCAACACCGUUGAAAUCAUCUCUCACAAUGUAGAUUUGGACAUUUAGAGCUGCAAAGUUCAACCAUAGAUUCAUCCAGCCUGUAGCAGUGUACAUCUCACUUUAAUAUUUGAAAUAAAGUAUUCCAAGGCUUUUUUUAAUAUCAAAAUAAGGUGCCACACUGUUAGCUUUUUGGUGUUCAAAAAUGAGUGUAAUUUAUCUGUUGUCAAUUAUGGCCUUCAACAUUUCACAGGAUGAAGUUGACGUUGCAAGUUAAUUGCCAACUUUAAUUGUGUUAUAAAUGGACAACUGCUUCAGCAAGCAUAGAUUGUGGAUUUGGGAGUCAAAGUGUGCAUUUCUUUUCAAAGUGCUAUGUAUAUACUGUUGAAACCAAGUAAGGUGACAAAAUUUGACGAAAAUGACCGUCCAACUUCAAGAAAUUAUUAACUGUUAAAAGAAAAGACAAAUUUCAGUUGAUUGACUUAUAAAGCCUGAUCAAAAUUGUAAAUUAAUAUGCGGGUCAAUUUUGAAGGAAAAAAACAUCUAAUGUAAGAAUGUAGCAAUAUAAUCAGUUUGGUGUUAUUUUAAAGCUGAUCUUUUAAGUGUAUCUUUACCUCAAGAAGAGGAAUUUUCAAUUUUGAAUCCUGUUGGUGGACAGUAACUUGUACUGAAUUUAAAAAAAAAAAAAAAAAAAAACACAAUUUAUUUUGUAUUAAAUUGUGAUAAUUUCUCAAAUUCUAAAUUUCUUGGAUUAUGGUAUUGGGCAAAUGAAUUACGUUACGUCCCAGAUAAGGUCAUGGUAUA